AUGGCUGCCAGUGAUGGUCUACUGGGUGUCAGCUUUUAUUGGCACGGCACAAAGCAAGUGCCAGGGGUUCGGUGGCCCGACUCCCCACUGCAGACUGUGGAUAAAAGCAAGCAAAAUGCCUCAGCCGAGCUGAGAGACAUAGUCAUGUUGGGCUGGAACGAGGAAGUGCAGUGGAGAGGGGAGGGACUCAGGGCGCAGCUCCAUGGGGCCGCCGCGGCGCUGCGACCUUCUGCACAUGGAGCCGGGGAGAGUUGGAAGAACUUCAUACUGCAAACUCAAGGAAUAGCAGAGUACUUGCACCGCAUGGAGACAGAGGAGGCCCAGGAAAUAGCCCAGAUGCCAGACAGGGACAGUCCCCCUGCCAAUGAAGCGUCCGAGGAGGCAGAAGAGCCCAUGGCUGUCCCUGAAGACCUGUCAGCCGGCUCCACCCAGCAGCAGAACAACCGAGGGGACAAAGCCUGUAACAUUAAAGUUGAGGCUCGCAGUGAUGAGGAGAAUGGGCUGGCCUGUGACAUGAACGGUGUGGAGGAGGAGGAGUGCGCGGAAGACUUGCGCGUGAUCGAUGCCUCCGGGGCCAAGGUGAACGGCUCACAGCCGAGCCCCGAAGCCAAGGCCUUCUCCUCGGCCGGCGGUAUCCGGCUGCCCAACGGGAAGCUCAAGUGCGAUAUCUGUGGGAUAGUUUGCAUUGGCCCCAAUGUGUUGAUGGUGCACAAGCGAAGCCACACUGGAGAACGUCCAUUCCAGUGUACCCAGUGCGGCGCCUCCUUCACCCAGAAGGGCAACCUGCUGCGUCACAUCAAGCUCCACUCAGGGGAGAAGCCCUUCAAGUGUCACCUGUGCAGCUACGCCUGCCGCAGGAGGGACGCCCUCACCGGCCACCUACGCACACACUCAGUUGGAAAACCCCACAAGUGUGCUUACUGUGGGCGGAGCUAUAAGCAGCGCAGCUCUCUAGAAGAGCACAAAGAGAGGUGUCACAACUACCUCCAGUGCAUGGGACUGCAAAACACCAUCUACACAGUAGUAAAGGAAGAAAGCAACCAGAAUGAGCAGAGGGAAGACUUGAGCCAGACGGGAUCUGACAGAGCCUUGGUGCUAGACAGACUAGCUAAUAAUGUAGCUAAACGUAAGAGCACUAUGCCACAGAAGUUUGUGGGUGACAAACGUCUGUCGGACCUCUCUUAUGACGGAGGAGCAAGCGAGCUGAUCCAGCCCCACGUCAUCGACCAGGCCAUCAACAGCGCCAUCAGCUACCUAGGCGCCGAGUCGCUCCGGCCUCUGGUCCAGACCUCCCCGGCCUCCUCUUCCGAUGUGGGCCUCGGCUCCAUCUACCCCCUCCACAAGUCGGCGACGGAGGCCCACGCGGGGACGGGCUUGUCAGCCAAAGACAGUGCGGCCGAGAACCUGCUGCUGCUCUCCAACUCCAAGUCUGCCUCCAGCGAGAAGGACGGCUCGCCCAGCCACAGCGGCCAGGACUCCACGGACACCGAGAGCAACAACGAGGAUCGCCCGACUGGAGCAGCCCCCGGCCUCAUCUACCUGACCAACCACAUCACCCAGGGGGUUAGGAACGGCGUGCUUCCCCUGGUGAAGGAGGAACAGCAGAGGCAGUUCGACGCCAUCCGGGCCAUGGAGAUGGCCUCCGAGGGCUUCAAAGUAGUGACAGCGGACGGGGAGCAGGUGAGGGCGUACAGGUGCGAACACUGCCGCGUCCUCUUCCUGGACCACGUCAUGUACACCAUUCACAUGGGCUGCCACGGCUUCAGAGACCCCUUCGAGUGCAACCUCUGCGGUCACCGGAGUCAAGAUCGAUACGAGUUCUCCUCUCACAUAACACGAGGAGAGCAUCGCUACUGAGCCACGUCGACCAGAGAACACACAUACACACUUUCACAGGAUAGAACAGACACACACAGACACACACACACACACACAGACACACACAUGUAAUAAAUUAAUAUAAAUACAUCAUGUAAAAUACAUUGUUAAUGUCUGUGUGUUUUUUAUAAGGUAUGCAUGUUUGUUGACACACAAAUAAAUAUACAACUAUUAAAAACAUUGAUUUUCAUCUCUGAUACGAACUAUUCUGUUUUUUUAGGUUUUUUUUAAGAAAACAAAGUAAAUAAGUACUGUUCUUCAUUCCUCACAGGAACGAAGAACAGUACUUCUUAAAUACACAUCACCUGUGUAUGUAAAUAUAUAAUAAAAAAAAGGUCUUAUUUUUCCUCCUUUUUUUCAAGAUUUAAAGUAAUAGGAUUUACAUCCUUUUUGCUUUGACACCUUUCUGUAUUGAAUAACAGAAAAAAAUGUCAAUUCCUUCUGCGGCUGUUUCCAGUGCAGGCAAACCCAGUGUAACAUAAAUACAAUCAGUAACGUAACAAUCAGUGUAGAUAGACCCACAGCUCCCCUGUAAGGUUUUAACCUGCUCUUGUGUUUGUAAUAACCUUCACGUUAUUUAUACAUUUACAUGCCUGUCUGUUUUUUGUAUUUAUUACAGUGAUCGAUGUUUGUCUCUUAGAGUAGUCAAAGCUGCAUUUUUUUUUUCUUUUUCAGUUCGGCUGUACUAAAUGUGUAUGAUGUUAUCGGAUCCAUGACUGCUGCUGGAAGCUAUUUUUAGUGUUAUCAGAGGGAAAUGUUAUCCUGGACUUUUCUGUUUUAUACCUGAUGGCUAAGAAUUGUUUGACCCGUGAGACGAAAACGAAGUUGACCUCAGUUGAAGGGAGCUUAAUGCUUGCAAAAAUAUCAAUAAAGGAUAUUUUAUAUAUGCAAA